UACUAUGAAAAGUGCGUGUUAAAUUUAUAUAAGUUUAUAUAAUCUUCAGUAAAAAUGAAUACUUUUUAUUGCAUAUUGCAUUUUAUACUGUUGUUUUCUUUUGUAUUAUGCGACACUGAAGAAUCUCCAGUUGAACAAGACGAUGAAGGUGACAGUGUAGAACAAGCAGGAGUUCUCGAUCCAGAAGUUAGAGAAAGUUUAAGAUACUCUAAGCAUGAAGACCAAUUUGAUACUGCACACAUUAAAACUGGAAAAGAUGAAAUUCUUCCUUUUAUAGAAUACUUGUAUGUACCAAAAAACUGUAAACGAAAAUCUGCUAAUAAUGAUUUAAUGGUUGUUCAUUACACCGGUUGGUUGGCUAAAAGUGGACGCAAAUUUGACUCCACGAUUGAUGUUCGAAGACGAUAUGUACCGUUUGAGUUCGUUAUUGGAACUGGUUAUGUUAUUCGAGGUUGGGAAAAAGGUUUAUUAGAAAUGUGCCCAGGUGAAAAACGAAGAAUAACUGUUCCACCAGAAAUUGGGUAUGGAAGCAAAGGUUUAAGAGGAAUGAUCCCACCAAACUCCACCCUCGUGUUUGUGGUUGACUUACUGGAUUUAAGACGCGCUGCUCCUAACUAUGCACCUAUGGAUUUGUUUACAUCUCUUGAUCGCAAUAACGAUAAGGUUUUAUCAAGAGAUGAAAUAGCUCAUUAUGUUCGAUACCAAGCUAAAACCUAUAGAAAUAAGAAUGCUCCCCCACCUUCAGAAGAAGAGCACGAAAAAAUUGUAGACGACAUAAUGUCUAAAGAAGAUUUAAACGGGGAUGGACACAUUCAACAUUCUGAAUUCAGUGGCUCAAAGUUGCACCAUAAUGAACUAUAAAGUUAAAUGUUUUUAGCUUAAAUUUUUAUAAUGU